AUGAUGGUGCUGGAAGUAAACAACACUUUUGGAGAACGCCGCUUGUAUCUUCUGAAAGCCGGGGGGAAGGCUACUGACGACUCGGUCCCUGAUGGCUUUGAAGCACCUGCAAAAGCUACAAAGUUUACAAAUGCCUGGAACAAAGAUUUUCACGUCUCGCCAUUCAACUCACGCAAAGGCACUUAUUCGCUUACAGCAGCCGACCCAGUCGCUGCUUUAAAAUCUGGCUCCAAAGUCCUGGACAAUACUGUCGUCCUUAAUUCCUCACAGGCCCAUGCCAAACUUGUCGCCCGGGUGUACUCAGAUGGUGAUCACAUGGACCCGACAACCAUGAGCACCUCUCAGACUUUGAGGUUGCUGGCCUCCUGGUUCUGGGUUGGCUUCCUCACAUUUCCUCGAAUCAUCACACAAGCAUAUAAACUAUACUUCAAGCGCAAACUCCACGUCUGGUUUCGGCCUGAAGUUUUGGCUUCGAGUAUUGGUCGCACGCACACCUCUUCCGAAGCCAUUUUGGAAGCUUUCUUUCUUGCCUACCUGAGCUAUCUAGUCGACACUGCGGCUGAGCCUGUGCGGCUGACCUACGUACCAGCAGGCGGACUCGGAACUUCCACCACCUUGACCUCCAAGCACCUGGCCAAAGAUCAACCUCCCACGGAGCUGACACUACGAAUCCUCACACCAGCCUUCUAUACGCGAUUUGCACAUUACUCGCAUACUACAAACGCCUUGCUGUCCGAAAGCCUGCACAAUGAUCCCAACAACCGCACUUGUGUUAUCGAGAAUGCUGAGCACUUGCAUCUACUCCUUUCUUCUUCAAAACAAUCCACUACUGCUAAAUGCAAAGGUGGCGUCUUGGACCAAUACCGCUGGCACUUGCUUCAGAACUUGCGCUCUGCACCUCCGGCCUCGGCAAAUCCUGACUCUGCGACUGAUAUCAAGGAUAGAGCAAGUGUGCAGGAUACUCGCAAGUUGCCGCUAUCACAUUUGGACAAUUUCAUUCUGUCUGGUUUCAGCGAUGAUGGAAGCUACACUGAGAUGGCAGCUCGACAACUGACCAAGAACUUGCCUACAAUAUUCCCGCAUGGAGAUUCUAUCCGGCUCGGAAACUUAUACAGGAAUACUGUGACUAGAGUCUUUGUUGCUGACACCUAUCUGUUUGGGUUUGAGGGCUUGAUAGAUGUAUGCGACGUCUUGGUCAGAGUGGCUUUGAUAGGAAUGUCGUUCAGGGGCUUCGCUAGUGAGGGAGUGGUUGGUGGAGGCUAUGGAUGGAGACUAUAUACAUGGGCUGCAGUUAGCGGGAUACAUCUCUGGAAUGUUGUCAAGUGUUUUUGA